AUGGGAAAUUUUGGGUGUGGAGAUGGAGGAUGGACGCCAGUCAUGAAGAUUGACGGCAGAAAGGUACAUACGGUUUAAAAUAAUUCAUUUCCUGUAUAAACUCGGUCUCUUUCAAAACGUUGCAAGUUAAAAACGUUCGUUUUACAUAUGUAUGCCUUUUUUGUUUUUCUCCAAGUUGGAAUUGCACAAAGAACAGACUUUGUACCACUUAAUUUUCAAGACUUAUUGUGUGUAGUGACUGUUGAAAAAGAAAAGUUAAAAAAAGGUAUAAAAUAUAUCCUAACAUAUUUGUCUCUAGUAUCACGUAUCAGCUAGAUAAGAAAUACAAUCAUUGAUACCGUAAAUCGCUUAAAAUGCUAUUUGGAACGAAGAACAUAUCUUAUCUGAGUUAAAGUUCUACACUAAUUGAGGGUUAUGUAGAUACCACCUUGAUUUAAAUAGCAUUCAUUGUUUAUCUCCUGAACAGCAGCAGUGGGGGUGGAGGGGGAUAUGUACAGGAGGAUUUUUGGAGGACAAUAGAAAAUUUAAUGCAAUAAACUUGCCAAUGAGGAGGGAUCGUGGAUCAUAGGAAUAUUACAGAGUGUUAUCGAGGGAUCAGGUUACUUUUAUCGCGACACAACCAUACUCCAUUUUUUUUCUAUAUACAAAGAGAUCCCAAUUUAUUUUAAGAAUAACGACGUCUAUCAACCCUCAUUCACUUCACAAAUGAUUAACAUUUCUAUGACUCUUAAUUGGCGUACACAUGGAAACACAGGAAAACUACUCAUAAUCAAAAUGUCAAGCACUGAUCUACGGCGCCGUGUUCGUGUUGGACAAAAAAAUGACCUUAGUCUUCAUAACACAACGUUGUAAAUACCAAGGUCAAUUCUGGGGUAAAACACAUGACUAAGGAAUCUAUAAAUGCAGAUACACGACAGGGCGUAAACAGCAAAUAGCCAUCAAUUCGGAGAAAAUAAAAAAAAAGAUUUGCUCCUCUAUUUCAGACCACCUUCCAUUAUGACGCACAUUAUUGGAUAAAUUACGAUGAAUUUAACCUUCUCGGUGGAGAGACUGGGUUUGACGAACAAGAAUCAAAACUAUCCACCUACUGGAACACAUCAUUCUCCAAGAUCUGUCUCGGAAUGAAGAUCAACCAACAGCUCAGGUUUAUUGUCAUCAGUAAGUUGGCUGACUCUCUGCACUCACUAAUUGCUGAUGGCCAAUACCGCAACACCUCACUGGGUCGUGACGGGUGGAAAAAGUUGAUUGGCAGCAACGCCUCUUUACAGCGCAACUGUAACAAGGAAGGAUUCAAUGCUGUUGGUGAUCGUGAUCGUGCUAAAGUCAGAAUUGGUAUUGUUAGCAAUAACUAGAACCACUGCAAGUCAUGCGACUCUUUGAUUGGAUUUGGUACAGGAAGUUAUCCAAAAGGCGCAAAAUCUUGCGGAAACGAGGCACUCCAAGAUGGAGGGAGGAGUAUCAAAGCCAUGGGAUAUAUAUUGGUGCAAUAAAACCAAUUAUUGACUACUUAGUCCGUAAAUGACGUUUCUUUCACCCUGGAGACAUCUUAUUCCGACAAAACAGUAAGGGAAACGGUUGUCAAAAAGCCCUAAAUAUACAGUAACUAAACAUUUUCACUACUAAAGAGAUAUGUAGAUAUCCACAAGUACUUAAAUUUCUUAGACUUCAGCAUACAGGCAUAUUUAAGACGUUUUUUCUAAAAUGUCAGCGACCUUAGUUCAAUAAACAAAGUUGUAAAGUAUUUCUGAGAAAAAAUGCAUAGCUGGCAAUGGACAAAUUGCGAUUAAUUGCCACUUGGCUUUUAUGCGACAGAAACAGCAAAGUUUGGUCUCUCAAAAACUUUUUUUGUUUUAGACUAGAAAUAACUAAAACUAUUCGAAGACUCAUGGCCUUGAUCGAUCAUCGAAAUCAGAAUUUUCUAUCAGUUAAAGUGUCUUGCUAAUAGAGCAUGAAACAGUGUAAAACCAUGUCGAUGCUGAACCGAUUCAUCUUGACGUGUAUGCUACUUUUUUCGCUGGUAAAGGAGUGGAAAACCUGAAAUAGACUCUGAUUCUAUCGGUUACUGGUUGUUGUUGUUGUUUGUUUUUAUUACAUGUAGAGCCUUUUGUUUGCGUAAUUUUCUGAAAAUAGUUUAAACUGAAACCACAGUUUAUUAAACCACAAUUACUCCUUUACUUAUCAUUCUAUUCAAAAUGUAUUGUUUUAACUGUCUCUGGUUAAGUGAGAUUGGUUCAACACAGUAGUGUCACCCUACUUAAAACUGUGUCGCAAGCUGAGAAUAUUGUGUUUAAUUCCUAGUAACAUUAAACUUUAUUGUUGCCGCAGUUUGUGUCGAAUCUUUAAAGCAUCGUCUGAUUUUUUCGCUGUGAUUGGUCCUAUAACUAACAGCCUCAAGAUGUUAGAAAAACUGUGCCACGGCAAGUACAAUUUCUGAUCUUACCAUAUGGGUAUCAAAGCCAUGGAAAUGUCUUCGGCCAAAAACAAGUAGUAGUAGUAGUAGCAUAAACACGUCAAAAAUUAAAUCGUAAUAAAAAGUGAUUUCUACGGUGGCGCACAAGUGAAAUCACCGCACAAACAUAAUUAUUCGAGCAAAAAAUACUCCUACCAGUACAAAAAUAUGUCUCUUAGUGCACAAAAAGCAGAUGACCCUUUGAUCACUCGAUAGUGUGAUUUUGAUUGGGAAUUUUAAGUAUGUUACAGGGAGGUUAAAAAGGACCUGGAGAGGAAAUCAUAAGUAGGGUAGGCAGUCCUACAGUAAACGCUGGGUUCUAGAUGAUUUUAAACAUUCUGUUUUUGUUCUGUGUUGGCACCGGAAGUUUUUUUUUUUUUAGCAGCAAUUAAGGAAUACCGCUGGUCGCAAAAAAAUUAAAUAAAGAAAUAAAACUAAAUAAUAAUAAAGAGAAAACAUAGUGCUCGUGGCUUAUCAUGGUCCAAGGCAGAUGUCAAAAACGAAAUCAUUGGUUACAGUUCAGAAUUAAGUUCAUAUUAUCAGGAGACUUUUUUUUGCUGAGUUUUGUGUCAUGUAUUCCGUGUUUGACUGUGUUCAUCAGUUGCUGUUUUAUCUCACGAUAUCCACUUUAGUUGAACCACAAAGUGAUUUAAGUAUUAUUCGUUUUUUAUAGUAAAAUUUAUUUCCACACGUUUCAUAAUAAGACAAUUUGUUAAUAAGCACUUUACUUUGAGUCGUUAUUAUUCCGCGAUAAGAGUAUCAUCACCCUUUAGAAGUUUAUAUUCCAAGAGGUAAGUUCGGAUUCAAAUCUGCAGUCAUCAGCAAAGUUUCUAACACCAAACUAACCACUGUUAGUAUAGUAAUUCGACAAGUUUAAUUUAUCCAGGUGUUUUGCACAAUCUCAUGAAGAUAUAAAAUUUUAUAAUGCAAUACUUUCCCAGAUUAAUUCAUGAUAUUCUUGAAAAAAAAUUUCAUUUCGGAUUGCCUAAGAAAAAUGCAGUUUUAAGGAAAUACGAUGCAUAAAAAAAUCUAGUUCAAAAGAAGGGUAUUUCAGUGAUAGAUUGUGUGUCCUCAACCGUCUGAAAUAGGUCAUUGCAGUUCGACUUUAAUCAUGAUUUCUCCCAUACAUUUCAACCGGCGCUAAUCAAACUGCUCUUUGAAUUGUUUGACGUGAAGCUCUUUCUGUGCUUUAACAUAGUUUUCGAGGUGGUGGCGGUUAUAGAGUAUCUCACUCAUAGAGCAUGGAGGUGCUUUGUGCAUUUGACGUCAUCGAGUGCUAAACUAAGGUUACAGUGGGUAAUGUAUCACGCUAGAAUCAAUUUAGAAUGCUAUAGUCUCGUAUUUAUUCAAGAUUUACCUUCCAGAAAUCCCUUCAAAUCGCUCAAGCUCUUCAGCUGCAAGAAAGACGAGAAAGAAAUAGAGCGUGAGUUGAAUUUACAUUGAAGAUGAAUGGUAUCGACUAAGAGGAAAAUCAAACUGUUAUUGUCGAAAAAAAGUAAUUUUUAAAUGGGAUAUUAUUCGAUGAGUUUUUUUCGUGAACGUUAUUGUUUAAAACUCUUGCUUCGUCCGCGUAGCUUCAGUUUUCGUUUUGUUGUUAUUUAUCAUUAUUAUUAUUCUUAAUUCCCUCAAUCCCCCGCUCUUUACAUCACCCCCGAAAUCCAUGUGAGAGCCCCUUUCUCUUACCCAAUGGUAUUAUUAAUUAUUGUUUUACAUCAUUGCAUUAACAACGGAAAACAUUGACCAUUCCAUCAAUAAAUGAAUUUAUGGGAAAAAAAAAUGUCAAAACAAAACUUUGAUUCGCAGUAUUUUUGCGAGUUUCAGAAUACUCGUUGCAGGUAAAAGGAUUUCUCUGAAUAGCAAGAAAUACUCAUUUUUUAUCAAAUGAAAUUAUUUAGCAAAAUGUUGAUGUAUUUCUUAAUUUUGUUCAUAACACGCAAUAAUAUAUUUGGUGACUAAGUUCAAAAUGGCAACUAGGAUUUGCACCAUAAUUUUUAAGGAACUAUCUACAUCUAUUCUCCCCUUUUACCGUGGAUCGUUGAUUUUGAGAGGCUGGGGUCAAAUGAGUCUGGAUUAAAACUUUGUUAUGGUUCAAAUGGUUCUUUAUUUGGAAAAUCCUAUUCUUUUCGGUGAAUUAUAGCUUCUACACUUUUCUGAUUGUAUCCUUGAAAUAGAUGAUCAAAAAUGCCCAAUGAUUUAUAAUCAAACUGUGUUUGUUUUUCUAACAAUUAAGCCUAACACAGCAACAAUUCAGCUUCAAAGAGAUAUGUUUCUUGCUCUAUCUGCCUCUAACUCGAAAGCCAUAUAAAUAACCUAUUCAAUAAUAAAAGUGAUCAAAACAAAUUGAGAAACAUGAGCACAUUGUUUUGACAACAUUUUCGAGGAAAAAAAGAAGUAAUGUAAAGUCAUUGAAGGUAUGCUAUAGACUUCCACUUAUACAAAAUAAAUAAAUAAAUAAACCGAUUCUAAUCAAAGAUUUCAUUCGCAAAAAAACGUCCCUUCAAUAAUUUUUUUGAGGUCAUUUUGUUACGUUUGCGCCACCACAAUGCUGAAAUAACUUCCCAUAAAAGGUAACACAUUAUAGUUUCCUAUGACACUCUAUGAUAAUUGAAAAACUACCUUUUUAUUUCUUUUUUAUCUUCCUACUCGUUACAAAAUCGGAAUUUAAUGGCCUACUUCGUCAAAUUCGUUGGUUAGAGCUUCUUAUCGAUAAUUUGAACGUUUCCUUGAAGAGUCCGAAAGACGUGCUUGUUUUUAUAAUUAAAUGGACAAAAAUAAACAGGUAAGGGUUUACGAAGGAGUACUUUUCACUCCUGAGAUCAAAAAUUAUGAUAAUGAUAACAACAAUGAUAAUGACAUUAAUCAUUUUUCGAUUCUGUCUGCAAUGAAAGAAGGAAAGAACUGAAAAAUUUGAAACUUACAUAGAUAUCAAAGCUAAUUUGAACUUGUGAUAAUGAAUUUCUGCUGAUUCAUUGCCCUUCAAUAUUAAGCCUUUGUUCCCAAACAGGAACAGUAAAUCAUGGAGAAGGAACAUGAUUCACAGGAAGUUCCUACCAGCGAACCAAAACAAACAUCGUUAUGGUAAUUUAACAAAGCAUUAUAUUGCCACUGCUGUUGUAUAUGUAUUUCAGCUAAAAACAAGGGGGAGACGGAAAUAUGGAUAGAAAUAUGGAUAUGAAAGGUGUGGCGAAGGUGAAUUGGCCAACUCAGCUUGUAGCAAGGCUGCUUGAUUAUCAAAAAUCACCCAUCACGAAUAUCAUGACACACAGGAAGUUCCUACUAACACCAAAAUUAACAGUGGUUGUAUGGUAAUUUGACAAAGUUUCACAAUGCCAGCUGUUGUACAUGUGUAAAAGCGGUAUCAUAGGAAACCAUCAAAUGAAUUUUUCACUUUCACAAACUAGGUUCACAUCUAUUUAUUUCUUUAAUGCACGCGUUUUCGACGACGAACCAAUUUAGUCAAUUACUUUAUGACACAGAAAUUUUGCGAGCUUUAUCGGUCUAAACGUCUUCUCGAUUUUGUUAUGAAUAUAAAAUUGCAGGAAAGUUGCGUAACCUAUAGCUACAUAUUUUUUUCCUGAGCCAUCUUGUUUAAAACAAUUCUUUCAAGUCCAAUUUAUCUCAGUUCAGCACAAACGGUUUUAAUAUCAGUGUGGGUAUCAUUAGGAAAUGUUAUUAAUCAUUGUUGAGUAUGGGCGACAGUAUGGAUAUGAAAGGUGUCGUGGAGGUUAAUGUAGCGCCUUCUUUUUUUGCGUAAUUUGCUAAAAAUAGUUGGAAAAGUGUAUUUAAUUCGUAGUUUCAUAACACUUUAUUGUUGCUGCAGUCUGUGUCGAAUCUUUAAAGUAUCGUCUGAAUUUUUCGCUGUGAUUGGUCCUAUAAGUGACAGCCUCAAGAUGUUGAAAAAACUACGCCACGGUAAGUACAAUUUCUGCUCGAGCUUUGUAUCAGAACCAUUCAAACGUCUUCGGCCGAAAAAACAAUUGCAGUAGCAUAAACAUGUCCAAAAUCGUUAUGAACAGUGUUAUCGACGAUGGCGUACAAGAGAAAUACCAAAAAUAAUUAUCACUGUUCAAACAUAUUUAUUCAAGCAAAAAGUAAUUUAACCAGGACAAAAAUAUUUCUCUUUGUACACAAAAGACAAUUGACGUUCUGAGUCGGAAAUAGUGAUAUGUAUAUGUAUACAGGGAGUUCGAGAAGCUAUUAGUUAAUUAAGAGAAUUUCCUCUUUUUGUCUUUUAAGGCAAAUUUUCCUUACCCACGCACAAGUGAAAAAGACCCGGAGAGGAUAUCAUGUAUAGGGUAAGCAGUCCUAAAGCAAACUCUGGGUUUCAGUUAAUUUUAAACAUUCUAUAGCUUUUACUUUGUGGUGGUAUCGGAAUUUUUUUAAUAGCAACUAAGGAAUACCACUGGUCGCUAAAAAAAUGUAUUAAAUAAACAUUAAUAAAUAAUGAUAAAGAGAGAACAUAGUGCUCGCAGCUCCUCAUGGCCUAAGGCAAAUGUCAAAACUAUUUAAAACGAAACCAUUGGUUACAGAACUUUAUUUAGGUUCAGAUUAUCAGGGAACGUUUCUAAUGAGUCUUGUAUCAUGUGUUCCGUUUUCAACCGUGUCCAUCAAUUGCUGUUUUGUGUCAUGAUAUCCACUGCAUUUGGAUCACAAGGUGAUUUAUAAUUAAGUGUAAUUCGUAUUUAAUAGUAAGAAUUAUUUCCACACGUUUCAUAAUAAUAUAAUGUGUAUAUGUAUUUGCGAUAUUUAGACAGGCUAGCCCAGUUCAGCUCAGAGCUGGUUUUUAAAUGUGGGCGUAUGUAAACAAUGACAAGGGCAGACCACAACACCGGGAGCUACGUUCCCAACACUUUGCGAGAAGCGCGUUGGUUCUUUAACGUCCCCUGUUAACCAUUUCAGAGAAGAGAAAGGGGACGGAGCUUACGGCUUAUCUUCCUUCCCCGAGGAGACUAGAAUGUCUAAUAAGUAGCCUUUGUCAUAGCAAAGGCAGCCACUGGUCGCUCGGUCGUAAUUAUUUUACGACCCUGGGUGUUGGCACCUCCUGCACACCAGUUCUGCGCUCCACAACGUGAGUUAACCGAGCGCGAAUCGUCAAACUUUCGAAAGCGGAUUCCAUUUCCUUCAUUAUCAUUUUCCCCUUUUGUUUUCCUGCAAGAAAUAUUUCGGGAAUUAUAUUUCCAUACGUAAUUAGGACGAUAUGUAACCGACUUCAACAGAAAUGUGUUUUUCUUUUUAAUAAAUUGUCGCCUCCUGUGUAGUACUUGAAGUUUGACAAAAUGCUGCUGGAAUUAGGAAGAAGACAUUUUUGUCCUACAAGAAGUUUCUAGCACCAAACUAGCCAGUGUUAGUACGUUAAUUUGACAGGUGUUUUACACAGUGUCAUGCAGAAAUGGAAUUCUAUAAUGCAAUACCCUUCCCUGAUAGAAAUGUCAUAAAAAAAUUCAACUCGGAUUGUCUAAGGAAAAUGCAGUUUUAAGGAAAGAAGUUGCAGUAAAAAAGGAAAACAAGCUCAGAAGAAGCGUAUUUCACUGAUAGAUUGUGUGUCUCAUCCGUCCCAAAUAAUUAAGUCAUCGCAGCUCAACUUAAAUCAUAACUUUCUCCCACGCAUUUCAGCCGAUGCCAUUCAAACUGCUCUUUGAAUUGUUUGACUUAAAGCUCUUUAUGUACUUUUUUCAAGUGAACUGAGUCUAAAUGCUUUUCUAAAAUGCAAAAGUAAUAUUUGGAUUACGGAAAAUUAGAUUCGCAAAAAAGUUUUAAGAAUAUAGCGUGAAUAUUUCGAAAGAUUAGAAAAAAAGGUAAACUUUUAAAAAGGAUGAGCCCUAUUUCCAGCCGUUUAUUUUCGUUUUGGCAUGAAAACAAAUGUAGCAGUAUAAACACAACUAGGCAUUCAUGGCGUAAAACCAUCUUCAUAACUUUGGCCAAAUAGUAGAAGUACUCUUAUUCCUUUGCCGACGCAAGUUGUCCACAAAUUGCUACGUUCAACUUUUUUUCCCCCGGAGAUUCCGGUCCUCGGCUUAGGCGGUCAAAGGUUCUCUUAAGAAAAUCUACAGUUUAUAACUGUUAGGUGAAAGAAAAUUAUUCUCCAACUUUACGUGGACCGAACAUGUGGAACAUUUAAUAUCUAAAGUGAACCAGAGAUUAGGUCUUUUGCGUAGAAUCAAGCAUUUGUUGCCGUAUAACGCAUGCCUUCUUUAUUACAAAAGCCUUGUCCUUCCCAUCCUUGAUUAUGCUGAUAUGGGGUGAUAAGGAUAACGCUGUCUUAAUGAACAAUCUGCAGGUGUUGCAGAAUAAGGCGGCAAAACUUGUUCUAGAUAAACCAUUGUACUCUUCUGCAACCGAUGCUCUCAAUCAGCUCGGCUGGUUAAAUUUAAAACAACUCAGGCACUUCCAUCGCUGCUAGUAUGUUUAUAAUUGCGUGAAUGGAAUUACAUCUCACAAAUUGGAAUUAUCUAGAAACAGCGAUGUACAUAGAUACAACACUCGUUGCAAAGAUCAUCUUAGACUUCCAUCAGAUAAACGGAACUGGGGUAAACAAAGAACCUGUUAUCAUGCCUUAAAGACUGGAAUGCCUUGGACAGUGACUUGAAGAACUCCGGCACUAUAUGUCAGUUUAGGAAUAAUUUUUUGAAAUCUUUUAAUCCAUAGUAUACUUUUGUACUUUUUUAAUAUCUGCAAUUUUUAUUUACUUUUAACAAUUUAUUGUUAUUUUGGAUUAGGACCUCUCUGUAGAUCACCUACGGGUGAGAGAGCUACUUGUUUAAAUAUCAUUUUAUAAAAGCAGAACUGUCAAAUUAAAGCUCGUCUAUUCAACUGACAUAAUGAGGUGUUAAUUUAGAAUUAUAAUUAGCUGUCUCAAAAAUACAACCGUUAGACGAAAGCGUAAAGCGGAACUGUCAAAUUCAAGCUCGUCUAUUUAACUGACAUAGUGAGAUUAUUUACAAUUAUAAUUAGCUGUCAGAAAAACACAACAGAGCGAUGAAAUAGCUUCCAAUCAUUAAUUAAAGUAUUGGUUAAUUAACAUCUUUGUCAAUUGGUUACCACCUUUUAGGCUGGGUAAACAACAUCAGGAUGGACUUUCACACAAGCGUUAGUUCGACUUUUAUCCUCUUGAAACAGUAAAAAGAGUUUUAUUGAAGAAAGUUAGGUUUGUUUAUUACACAUGACGUGAUCACAUUGCGUGCUGACUAACAGACUUUCUAAAAGUACAGACUUUCCAUAUUCUUGUGUUUUGAAUAUAAACUUAGUGUUUCGUCUCGGCUAAGAGACUUAUGCCGCUCACUAAACACCUUUUAGGAUAGUCUACGCAACAAUCUUAAUGGUCUGUAAUGGCUUGUAAUCCCUUGCAAUAUUUGCAAUAAUAUUCCGCAGCCAUCAUAAUCUUUGUCUUCCACGAAACAGGUAAACAUCUCAUGAGAUAAAAUUAUCAGUAAAAUGUAGCAUUCUCCGAUUCAUUUUAUAACUUUCGAUUCUAAUUCGUUGCAUUACCUAGUGGUUGGUUUCAAUUUUUAUAACCGCGAAAGAGGGAAAAAAAUAAGCUAUACAUCAAGCCGGAUAUUUGUCUAUUUGGUUUUGAUGGUCGCACGGAAAUGUUAAGUAUGUCCCUCAAGAAUGUUGUGGUGCAUAACAACAUUAAAUCUUUAAUGAUGGAAACAAAUUUUAAGAAAGAGCGCCAGUUCAUUGCGUUCCGUGUGCAAAUUAUUAGAAGAAACUGCAAGAAUUAUUUCAGAGUGUAUGCGUGUUAUUUGAAAAUAACACCGAAACGUAUUUCAGCUUGUUUGUGUGUCCCUGUAAGCUACGCGGAAUGUCUGUAAGGACCAGAGUGUCAAAUUUUAUAUUUCAAUUUCGAUCUUCUCCACACUGUGCGUGGUUCAUGGCCUGAUUCAACGAUAAUUAUCGAGGAGUCGCCAUCCGGUCACCUUUUUUUACUUUGUAAGUCAAGGAAGGGUAACCACACGGAUCAUAUUUAUGCAACCUUUUAGGACAACUUGGGAUCUAUUUUCCAUCCAGUUGUCUCGAAAACCUAAAAUUCUCAACGUAGAAGAUGAACAAACGAAGUUUAAACGGUCAAAAUAAUAUUUCGAGCGCAAUUGAUCAAACGCGCGGAUUUGCGUUGUUUUCAAGAUGUCGAUGGAUGAAAGUUAGACAGAUACCCACGGUUUUAACCCUUUAAGUCUCAGAUCAAAUUUGAAAUUCUCCUUACUGUCAACCAUACAAUUCUUAUGAAGUUAGUUCAGAGAAUUUAGUAUUGGAUCAACUAAUUAUCCCCAAAAUGAUAUUUUUCUUUAUUCCCAUCACUUAUCUGGUUGAUAUUGUAUUGCUAUUGUAAGGAGAAAUUCUGUCUUUGUCACUCAUAGAGGUUAAAGGAUUAAGGCAAUCGGUUACCUUUUUGGCCCAAUUUACGCCUGCAUUUUGAGAAUUCUUUCAUAAAUAUUGGGUGGUCUUACCAAAAAAAAAAAGUUGGCUUGUAACGACGCAACUAUUUUUGAAACAUGUCCUAAACCCUUAUCAUGGGCAAAAAAAUAAAAGUAAACUUUUUCUUCGAUGGGAAGUCGAGAGGACCGCUCUUAGCGAGAGCAUCACUUAAGUGUAUGGUUGUGACUUAUAAAGCAUUCCGUAAGAAAAAGUGCAUAAUUCCUAUUUACUUUAUUAGUUAUUUAGUUUUUAUUAAUUAAUUUUUUUUCUACGUCUCUCUCUCCGCGUGUUAUCCGCCCUUUGCGCUGCCUCACGCUUGCCUCCGAUUGACUGAAAAACGAAAGGAAGUACUUCUUUUCUGCAGGUUAUCAUAGUUGACACUAGAGCUGCACUUGCGGUCUUAUAGUUUACUGAGUGUCAUUACCAUAAAAAUGUAGUAGUUUAACUUUCCAAAUGUUGGGAGAAAAAAUGACAUUAAUUGUGCAACGUCAAAGAGAAAGCGCUCUUUAGAGAAGCGUUUGCAGCAACGACUGAAAAGAUAUGAUGACGAUCAAAUUCGCAUUUAAGAAAAAGGUUUGUUAUUUAUUAACUUCUGUAAUAUGCAUUACCCUUGAAUUUUCUGGGAAGAGUUAUGUUUGAACAUAUAACGGAACAAAGUCAUUAUAAAUUAUAACAGAUGUAUUUAGCUACUCGCUAACAGUGCUCCAUUGACUUGAUCAUCAGAAAAGAACAAUGCAGACCAUCGAGUAACAGACGUCAGACAAGGUCUGUUUUCUAUAGAUGAGUUCCGUUAUCUGAAUGUGCCUCGAGUUGGAAUAUUUUCAGUGCACGACGACUUGGAGUGUACCAUGAGAUGCCUUCAACAUCCUUCCUGUAUUUCUGUGAACUUGGCUUUCGAAAUAAGACUAUGGUGCGAGUUACUGUCAUCUGACAAGUACAGCAACCCCAGGGAAUUCAGAAGAAACGAAAGCUCACAUCACUAUCACAUCGUGGUAAGGACUCUCCUCUGUGUUUUUUGAUAUUUCGAGGCAGCCUUUUCAAGGAAACACCGUCUAUAAUGUAUUGCAGCCAUAAUCGAGAGGGCGUCAUCCAAGAUAAAUGAUCAGUAACUUCUCCUGGGCAUAAAAUAAUUAUCCUGGCCUUCUUCUAACGUUUGUCUUCCUUAAAGGCUAAACGAGAUAUGCUUUUUCCGAUUAUCAUUUCACUCGUUCCCUCCUUAUUUUGUAUAGUUAUCUAUUCGCUCAUUCUAUUUGUUCAUCCCCUCAUAUUCUUAGAUGUAUCAACCGUGACCCACCUCCACAGAAAAACAAUAUUUGAAUUGAAUGGCUCUUGUAUAAGUUUCUCUUAAGUGAAUAUCGCAGAACCAGUUCAGGUGAGACUUUUCAACAAACUUGCAUAAUACGCUGUUUGGGCUAAGUCGUGUUAUAUUGAGCGUGAAGGUUCUUUUUUUCUUUCGCAAGAACAUGUGUGCUGAAAAUCCUUGCGAGAACAACGCCACUUGUCAAAGCAGUUUUACAGACAAACUUUAUCGGUGUCUAUGUCCUGCUGGAUACAAAGGUCCGAGGUGCCAAAUAGGUAAACCAAAAAUCCUCUAUGUCUUUCAAGUGAGAUGUUCAAUUCAAUUAUUGAGAAGCAUAAAGUCGUAUACUUAUUGCAUAAACAUGUUUCAUUUACAUCGUCAUUUCUAAGCAACAGAAAAGACAACGAAAGAGAGAGUGAAAGAGAGAGAAACACAUACAGGAAAGUAAACUGACAUAAAAAAGAGCAGAAUGAUUAACUAUUCUUCAAAAAUAAGUGCAUUACAUACUUGGAGAGCCAUCAGUUAGUUAGCAACUUCAAGCAAGACUGGAAAUAGUUAUUAUCAAUGAUGACGGGACGCUCUACCGACGUCUCUUCUUUUCAAGGAUUCGAAGUAACAUGCAUGCUGCCCAAGAAAGUCCUUUAAAAAAGAAAAUGUUUCAAUCCAGCCAUGAUGCUGAAUUAUAAUAAUACUAAAAAAAACAACAACAGCAAUAGGGAGACAAUAUAAUUUUAUAAUCCUAAUAAACUUAUUUUAAAACUUUUUCUAGGACCUACUUCGUGCAAAGAAAUUCAUGAUCAGGACACGUAAGUAGAGUUGAUAUUCGGAUGUCAUUUAUGUAGUACAUCAAAUAUUCCGCUUUCCCGCAAUUGGUUUAAGCCCAUCACGUCACCAAAUAUACCCUAAUUUUCAAAUCACCAUGCAAAGAAAGUACUCCGUUUAAAUUCGAUUCACUUGGUUGAGUGUCUUCCCGUCCUUACAGAAGAAGUGAAAAAUAAUAAGCUCCUAGACACCUGUUUAAUUCCAGGACAAAUAACCGAGCAUUGUUGCUAUGAAGGCUGUUGUUUAUAUCCCGCAGAAAUUGACGCCUCUUCCUGAAGGAUUAACUUUUCAUUUGCUCAUGUGUUCAAUCAUUAUCAUUAUCAGUCAGUAUCUAUGCCAAUGUGAUUUUCAUUGCCACUAAUGAUAAUUAUCUUUAUAAGCUCUAGUUUUAUUUCACCGUCAUAGUUUACUUAUAUGCUUUGUUUCUUUAUAAUAUUUUGAUUAAAAAGAUCCAGUAUGAGUGGUGUGGUUACCCUUGUUGUUGACUCCCAACCAUUGUCCGUUUUUUGUCAUAUGGGAAAUUUUGGGUGUGGAGACGGAGGAUGGACGCCAGUCACGAAGAUUGACGGCAGAGAGGUGCAUACUUUUAUUGAAUAAUUCAUUUCCUGUAUAAACCCGCUCUCUUGCGAAACGUUGCAAGUUAAAAACGCGCCUUCUAUAUAUGAAUGCCUUUUGUUUUUCAUCCAGACGGUAAUGGAGGAAGACCUGACUUUGUUCAACGUAAAUUUCGAGACUUAAUGUGUGCAAUGAUUGUAGAAAAAGAAAAGUUAAAAAUCAGCCAUAAGUAUAUCCAAACCUAUUUGUCUCUAGUAUCAUGUAAGAGCUAGAUUAGGAACACAAACUAUUGAGAUCAUAAUAAGUUUAAAGGCUGUUUGGAACAAGGAAAAUCUCUUGUCUGAGUUAAAUUUUCACACUCUUUGAGGGUUAUGUAGAUAUCAACCAUAUUUAAAUAGCAGUCAUUGUUCAUCGUUUGAACAGCAGGGGGGGACGUGGAUAGGUAGAAGAGGAUUGUUGGAGGACCAUAGAACAUUGAGUACCAAUAAACUUGCCAAUGAGGAGGGAUCAUGGAUCAUAGGAAUAUUACAGAGACUUACGUGGGAGGAGGGGGGAUCAGGUUACUUUUAUCGUGACACAAUCACACUCCAAUUUUGUCUAUGUACAAAGAGAUCAGAAUUUCUAUAAAGAAAAACGAUGUCUGUCAUCCUUUAUCAUUUCAAUGACUCUUGACUGGGGUGCAAAUGAAAACACAGAAAAACUCCCUGUAACUAGAUUGACAUGUCAUGCACUGAUCUACGGUGCCAGGUCUGUGUUGAAAACAAAAAUUACCUUAGCAUUGACGACACGAUGUCAAAAAUAUCGAGGUCAAUUCCAUGGUAAAACAAAUGAGUCAGGUAAUAAAUCAAUAAAUACAGAUACACGGCAGGAAGUAGACAGGGAAAAUCCAUCAAUUCAGAGAAAACACAAAAAUGUAUUGUUACUACAUUUCAGACCACCUUCCAUUAUGACUCGCAGUAUUGGAGCAAUUACGAUGAAUACAACCGCCCCGGUGGAGAGACUGGGUUUGACAAACAGGAAACAAAGCUACCCACCUACUGGAACACAUCAUUCUCCAAGAUCUGUCUCGGAAUGAAGAUCAACCAACAGCUCAGGUUUAUUGUCAUCAAUAAGUUGGUUGACUCUCUGCACUCACUAAUUGCUGAUGGCCAAUACCGCAAAACCUCACUGAGUCGUGACGGGUGGAAAAAGUUGAUUGGCUGCAACGCCACUUUACAGCCCAACUGUAACAGGGAAGGAUUCAAUGCCUUUAGUGGUCGAAGUGAUCGCUCUAAAGCCAGAAUUGGUAUUGUUAGCAAUAACCAAAACAACUGCUACUCGUGCAACUCUUUGAUUGGAUUUGGUACAGGAAGUUAUUUAAAACUGGGCGUAAAAUCUUGCGGAAACGAGGCACUCCAUCAUACGUUAGAUGAUGGAGGGAAGAGUAUCAAAGCCAUGGGGUACAUAUUGGUGCAAUAAAACCAAAUGCUGAGGACUGAGUCGGUAAAUCACGUUUGUUUCACCUUGGAGACGUCUUAUUGCGACAAAAUAUUUAGG